AUUUACUAUAUUUUCCUAUCUACUUUUAUAUAUUAGACUUCUAAAUGGUUGAAAUAUAAAAACACUAAGCAUAAUAAUUAUACAUAUAAAUAUUUGCCUAAAAAAGGAGUGUGUGUGUUUGUGGCGAAAGUGGUGUAAGUUUGCAGUUAAUGUAAAUAACUGACGUUGUGGAGCGACACGUCAACCACACGGAAGAACUGCGCAUAUCCAACCAGCCACUGUAUUGGUGCGUCGAGGGCUGCGGUUUAAGCAAAAUGGGUGGAUUCUUCUCCAGUCUCUUCUCUGGCCUCUUCGGCACCAGGGAGAUGCGGAUCUUGAUCCUGGGUUUGGACGGUGCUGGAAAAACCACAAUCCUGUACAGACUGCAGGUUGGAGAGGUUGUCACGACGAUCCCAACCAUCGGCUUCAACGUGGAGACGGUCACGUACAAGAACCUGAAGUUCCAGGUGUGGGACCUGGGGGGUCAGACGAGUAUCAGGCCCUACUGGAGGUGUUACUACUCAAACACGGACGCCGUCAUCUACGUGGUGGACAGCAGCGACCGCGACCGCAUGGGCAUCUCCAAGUCGGAGCUGGUGGCCAUGUUGGAGGAAGAAGAGCUGAAGAAGGCCAUCCUGGUGGUGUUCGCCAACAAACAGGACAUGGACCAGGCCAUGACGCCCACCGAGGUCGCCAACGCGCUCGGCCUCCCCGCCCUCAAAGACAGGAAGUGGCAGAUCUUCAAGACCUCCGCCACCAAGGGGACGGGGCUGGACGAGGCCAUGGAAUGGUUGGUGGAUUCUCUCAAGAGUCGGCAGUAAAAAGAAGGAAAAGCCGGCUGUUCUGUACAUACUCCCGACCUUUGACCCCGUGUGAAGCCUUGCUUUGGCCCCUCCUGCGUCGUUUUCUCUUUGGACCGGGGGAUGGCCUCCUGGGAACGCCUGAACCGACGCCUGCAGAAGCUGCUGACGGGUUUCCUCCCGGAAAUCAAACCCGCGGCCGCAGGACUUGGUGGCAUCAGGAGUCUAAAAAUGUUGUUUCUGUGAGGCGGCGACUUUGCCAAAUUAACUUCAGAGUGAGCACCGGUUUCCUGCAGCUCUCUGGUUGAACAUCUUUGUGUGAGUUUGGGAUUCUUCUCUCUUCUUUCCCGCUCAGGUUUCCGUCAUGCAGCUGCAGCGUGUAGAGGAACACUAACGUUGGAUCUUUGUGUAUUUAUAUCUGCCUGUACAGUCCAAUCAUUUCUCAGUAAAGAAACGUACGACA